UUGUCUACCGCUCUCUCGUCUCUGCAAUUCAAAUCAUUUUACAUUCGAAUCUGCAACAGAUCUGCGCUCCUCUCUUCCAAAACCUAAUAAAACAAUCCCUGCUCAAAUCUCACCGCCUCUAAAUCCAUAAAGUUCAAAUCUUUAACAACAUUAAAGGUUUCCCAUUUGAAUGCCCAACAACAACGAAGACUCAACUUUUGUAUUUCUCGGUUGGUUUAUUGGAUUUAAUUCAUUUUCUCAAUCAAUCAAUCUACAAGAUUAAUAAAAUAUUUCAAUUUGAAACUGGACGAGUUUUUGAUACGAUGGAGGAACAAGGUGCUUCCGGGUUGGACUCAAAGAUUAUAGCCGAGAAGAGGGGCGGCGAUCAAUUAGAAGAAGAACAUGGCCUUGUUCUUAAACGUGUUAAGAUGGGAGGUCUUGAUUCCGACUAUGCAUCUAAUGAACUCAGAAUUAAUAAUUCAGAACGUAUUAGAAGUAAAGGAUCUGGGGGUCAAUUCCAAUUUAGGGGAGAAAAUAUAGCUCAAGUUAGAGAGGUUCCAGUGACCUUAGACAAUGAAGCCUUUGAAUCAGCAAGGAUUGAAAAGAGCAAAGAGGUCAAUGUUGUCUCCAGAACUAUGGAUCUUAAUACUGAAAUUUGCAUCAGCAAUAAUUCUUCGUUUGGUGAAUGUCAGAAAUCUGCUGAGGAUUCUAAGAGGCAACCUUUUCUUGGGAAGCAUGAGAGGGAAAGGGUUAACUCUGGUGCUACCAAUAGGGGAUUAGGCUUGGAUCUCAACACGGAUGAUGUUUCUAGCUCAGUGAACCAUUGUUCAUUUGAUUAUGACAAGAAUAAGAAUCAUCAGAAGUUAAGGGAUGUUUCUGAAUGUGGAAGUUCUACUGUUUCAACGGAGGAGAAAGAUCCAUUGAGGGUCUGGAAGGAGAUGAAGCAAAAUGGUUUUCUCUCAUCUUCUCAUGGUGGAAUAUCAAUGUCUAGCUGUUUCUUAUCGUCUUCCCAUGGAGGGAUACCGGUGCCCAAACAGCGAGGGAAGAAGUGUAAAAAUGAUCAACUCAAGAAAAAGAUGGAGCUUGCCAAGAGAGAACAGGUGGACAGGUUUACAAAGAUUGCUGCUCCCAGUGGACUGCUUAAUGAGCUGAACCCCGGGAUUAUAAAUCAUGUAAGGAAUAGAAAACAGGUCCAUUCCAUAAUAGAGGCUCUAGUUAGAUCAGAAAAAGUUGAACACUGCCAUUUGGGAAGCAAAAAUUCAAGUCAAAUAAAACUUGGAAGUAAAGAUUUAGAGAACAGGAAAGACCUGGAAACUAUGAAUGAUUCAGGAACUUACAGAUCUAAUUUCACUAAUGAGGGUAGGCUUUUGAGCGCUUCAUCAGAGAGCAAUCAGACAAGAGAGCACUUGGUGCAAUUGAAUAAAUGUUUAUCUUCAAUUUCGGAGGAGAAAAGUGGAGAUUGUGACUCAAGCAUGGUUGACACAGCCAGUGAAGAUGAUGCGCUGACACUAAAGCUAUCAUCUUUAGCUAAGGCAUCCGAAAUUGCUAGUUCUGUUUCCAAGGAGGAAUCCACAAACUUCACUAGUGGUGCUUCCCUUACCAUAAAAGCUGCUACUGUUGCUGCUCAAUGGCUGGAACUGCUUCAUCAAGAUAUUAAAGGGCGUCUUUCAGCACUACGACGGAGUAAAAAGAGAGUUCGAGCUGUUAUCACUACAGAGUUACCCUUUCUAAUAGUAAAGGAGUUUUCAUCUACUCAAGAGAAUGACUCCCAUGCUAUGAAGAGUUCUGCUGAUGGAUUUCCCAAUAAUGCAACCAUUGAGAAACAUCGGGCAAAAUGGAGCUUGCUGUUUGAUCAGAUGAAUAAAGCUCUUUGUGAGGAAGAGAAACAACUUGAAAGUUGGUUAAACCAAGUAAAAGACAUGCAGUUGCACUGUGAUCAGGGGCUGCAACAUAUUAACUGGAAUACAAGUUUCAGUUUAAAACCUUUUGGGAUACCAGAAUCUGACUGCAGAUCAUCAUUCAUGGCGCAGAUCAGGGCGAGGGGAUAGUUCAGAGAAGGAAUUGGCUGUCAAGGCAGCUGCAGCUUCAAUAUAUUCGACAUGCAGUUUCCUCCUGUCAAAAGAGAACGUCUCUUGUUUCUGAUUUUAGUAACUAAGAAGUUCUCUCUUAAUCUCUAAUUGUGUUGACUUCUCUUGCCAAAUACAAGCCUUGAAACUUGUUUGUGCAUUUAGCCAUUUACAACAAACUAAUUAUAGGAUAUUAGCUUUUAUAAACCUUGCUUACUUUGGGCCGCUGGCAUUGGAAGAAAAGCAGGGCCAUUCUUUUCCGUCCUUGAAAUUUAUUUGUCAGCCUCUGAUAGAGGUUGAAGACAGAAUCUUAUUAUAAA